GAGGAGGAGCCGUGGAAAUAGAGGGGAGGAGACUCUCACUCCCCGGUAAGGCUCGGGGUAGGGCCAUGGCCGUACAACAUGGAUGCGCCCACGGAGGAGGUUGCUCCAGGAAAGGCAAAUGGUUGGUGAAGGCUGUGGUUUCAGGGAGCUGAUUUUUCGUCCUGAAAAGUGGACUUACGAUGUCUGUGGUACAUCGUCUGGCAGUGGGAUGGCUUGUGGAUCAUCUCUCUUUCAUCAACCAGUGUGGCUAUGAGACCUGUGACUCCUUUGCACACCCUGGGGGUGUCACUCACAACACUUCUGUCACAUCUACUGAAGACUGUCACAGUAUUUCUGCUUUUGCUGCCACCCCCUUAUCAAGCGACGGUCCUUCUUAUGGUCCUGGAAAUGCCGUGGAAACAGAAGGUAAAAGAGCAAAAAUGAGAUACGUGUUUCGGGAGGAGUUCUUUGAUGUUUCUAAGCCCCAUAUAGCCAUAGCUCCUGAGGAGCAGCUGUGUCAGGGAUGCCCUGAGAUGAGUCUGACAGAAAUAAAGGUCAACAGCAACAGAGAGGAAUACCAAGAAGGAGCAAAGAGUGACACUGGAGAUUCUCUUGCCACUGCUAGGAAGAAACGUAAAAGGAAAUGUGUAUUCAACCAAGGUGAACUGGAUGCUUUGGAAUACCAUUCAAAGGUCAGGAAGCUCAUUUGGGAAGGGACUUUGCAUUUAGUCCAAGAGGGACUCAAAAGUGGUUUUCUUCACCGUACGACUACAAAACUCAGUUGCAGGAAGAAUAAUGUUCCUCAGCACAUUGUCUGUGGGUUGGCUGAAUUAUGUGAAAUGGCAAAGCAGUUUCCAGCUGUGAAUGAAAGUGACCAUCAAGCUGUAUGUGUGCUAGAGGAGGAAACCUCCAGUGCAGAGCAGGACCUGCUUUCGUGUGUCAUGGAAAACAGCUCAGACUGUGCAAAGAUAAUUGUGUUAAUGGGGCAGAAAUACUUGGUGCCACCAAGAAGCUCUUUUCUCUUAUCUGAUAUUUCAUGUUUACAGCCCCUGCUGAACUAUAAGAAAAAAUAUGAUGUAAUUGUGAUUGAUCCACCAUGGGAGAACAAGUCUGUUAAAAGGAGUAACAGGUACAGCUACUUGUCUUCAUGGCAAAUCAAGCAGAUUCCUGUACCAGCACUGGCUGCUCCAAAUUGUCUUGUAGUCACAUGGGUGACUAAUAGACAGAAGCACUUACGUUUUGUUAAGGAUGAACUUUAUCCUCACUGGUCGGUGAAAACACUUGCCGAGUGGCACUGGGUAAAAAUUACUACAGCUGGAGAAUUUGUGUUGCCUUUGGAUUCUUUGCACAAAAAACCAUAUGAAGUUCUCAUAUUGGGGAGAGUUCAAGGAGACGUAAAGGAAGCCCUAAGGAAAUCUGAAGGUGCUCUUCCAAUUCCAGAGCAUCAGUUAAUUGUCAGCAUACCCUGCAGUCUGCAUUCACAUAAGCCUCCUCUUGCUGCAGUUCUGGCAGAGUUUAUCAAGCCAGAUGUGGAAUGCUUGGAGUUGUUUGCUCGCAAUCUCCAGCCUGGUUGGACCAGCUGGGGAAAUGAGGUCUUGAAGUUUCAGCACAUUGAUUAUUUUACUCUUCUGCAGAAUGACAACUGAGCGUGGUCUUAGACAUCUAUACCUUCUGAAAUUCCACAUCUUCCCGGGGGGCUCUUGAACUUAGCUUUAUUACUGAUGGUGCACCUAAAGGUAGCAGAAAUAAAACCAAUUGCAUUUUAGUUAGAAUUAUUUAAGUGACAAGAUAUCUGUUUAAUGCUAUCUCCCCUCUGUAUAAGGUGGUCCCUUAUUUUGAUGAUCUGGACAUAUCUAAAUACUGAUGUUGUUACCAAAAAUCAGUGAAGAUAAAACUCCUUAACAGCAGUGAAGCAUUAAGAAGCAGGCAUUCUUUAUUUGGCCAGGUGCAUGAAGUAGUGUGAAAUAUUGUAUAUGCUGAUUACAGAGAAAGCUCCUGUUUAUAUUCUGUAUUUUACAUACAUAUGCAUUGACAUUGAUGAUAAUAAUUUCCCCAAAAUCAUUAACAUAUGUUCCCUCCCCUUUGCACAUGUGUUCCUCUGUACCAGGGGUUUCCUUGGUGGUUCCUGGUGGUCAGCCACCCCAAAAUCAUAUUUGAACAUCCAGUGAACUGGUAAAAAGUUGGUAACUGGGCUGGUUACUCUGCAGUUUUCCUUCUUGUUCAAUGUUUAACAUGACCCUAGAGAAUAAGCAUUUUGUGGUUCUAUAAGCUUGUGGGUUUUGAAGAAUAAUCAUAUUAACCCAUCAGGUUAAUAUGGUGAAUUAAAACAAUUUUUAAUCUGGCAACAAUGUUAGAGUGUAAGUUCAUCCCUGUUCUUUUUCAAGCCUCAAGAAAAGAAAUUUUAAAGUAUUUUCACUCCAGCUAUCAAAUCUGAGCUGAUAGCACAUUGCUACUGCUGUACUGUAGCUCUUGCUACAGUAUUAGCUGUAAUAGCUAAAAAAAAAUAGUUCUUGCUAUUUUUAAAGAAUUACAAUAAAGAAUUAUAUUAUCUUGUUUUUCAAGAGUCAGUGGAAGUAAACAAUUCUGAAUGCUGCAUGUUUUAAUUUUUUUUUGCAAAACAAUCGAUUUUGAGCUAAAAUAGUUAUGAAGGCAGUGUAUCUUCCUACAUAUUUGUAUGUGUCUGUCUGCCUCAGAGAAAAUAAAAGGAGCAGUGCUUAUAUUUAUUAGCGCAUUAAUUCUUGACUGACCAUAUUCUAUGUAAAAUUAUACUUUUAAAACAAUUGGUAAUUCUGUCAUUGUGUAUAUGGUGUUAAUUUUUUGACAAUAUUGUAAAUGAAUAGUCUCAACAGCUUAAAAAAUUCUGAAAUUUUAACAGAUUAUAUGUAUUUUUUAAAAGAGUCUUUCCUUAUGUUCUGGAACAUUAUAAAGCCAUGCUAGUGAGCUGUAUUUUUCAGCUAACAAAAAAAUGAUCCCUUUAAAAAAUAUUAAAGAAUUGUACACUUUGUGUAUCCUUUGUUGUGCUUAGAUUUACUUUAAAAAAUACAAAGAAAAUGUAAUGAGGCCUCUGCCACUUACUUAUUUAUAGCAGUAGAGGCAUAGGUGCUGGACAAACUGAUUUUCCUGAUGGCAGGUUCCUGAGUUCUGACUGUUUUUAAUGGAGAACAAAAUACAUUGGAAAUUACCUAACAUUACCUUCAUUUCCAUUUUGGUAGCCUCAUGAGCUGUGACAAUUUUUUUAAGUUAAACUUCAAAUGGUAG